CACACCCCACCACACACACACACACACACCCCACAAAACACUCAUACACACCACCAAACACACAGUAGUCAACAAACACACACACACUCACACACACCCCACUCACACUCACACACCCCACCAAAC